AUGGAACAAAAGUAUUCUCAGAGAAAAACUAAAAAGAAUAAGCAUGUGAGUUUUCGGGGAUACUGUAGAUUUAUGGCAGGAGAUUUUUGAUCUACUGAAGUUUUCCCUAGAUUUUCUAGGGUAUUGUGAAUGAACAUCAUAAAAGUACUGUAGAAAAUCUCACAUUCAGUACUUUGAAAAAUCAAAAAAACUCCAUUUUUGCAGGGAAAAAAAGAUAAAACUGCCAGAACACUCAAAAAGAAGCACAGCAAUGGAAAACUGGCACAAUCGGGAAGAAACAAGAAACACGCAGCGAAAAGCAAAUUGAAAGCGAUGAAACAGGUGAGAUCCGCCUACCGAGUUAGUAGUUUUUUGCGUUUUUCAGAGUAUGCGCGAAGGAAGGAGCAAGAGUAACACACAUUCGCAAGGUUCGCAGAGUGGCGAUUAUUUUAUUGUGAAAUCAACGGCGCCUACGAAUGUUCCAAAAGGUUUGUGGAUGGAAAAGUUUUUUCUCGAAUCUUGGCUGAGAUUGAGGUUUAAAGUUGUACUGUAAAUUUUCAAUCAUAAACUUAGUUCUCAAGUAGCCGCGCCCAGACAGUCUAAUUAAAAAAUACAAACAUUUUCAACAAUUUUCAGAAGAAGCAAUACGAUUGGCACCGUCACAAAUCACAACAACAGCUCCAACAGAUGAAGAACAAAACACCGCUGACACAACAAACUAUUUCAGUGUUUCGAGAAGUGUAAUGGCAGAUAGGAAACCGAAUCAAUAUGAAGAGGAAGAACCGAAUGAAGUUCGAACUCCAAUUAGUCGAACACCGUGUGUAAAACGGGAAAAAGAUCGAAGAGGACAUGAGAAUCGACCGCUUCGAUUAGCACCACAAUCUGCAGUUCCGGAUGAUGAUGACGUCAAUAAACUCAUUGAGAAAUAUAAGAAUCCGAAAAGAAGUCAAGUUAUGCCGGUGGCUAAACCGAGUAUUUUAGUGGAUUCGAUGGUUCGCUCAAAAAUGUCUAUGCCCUUGUUACGUGUGAGUUUAUAAAAUUGCUAUUUGUCACGUCAUAACUUUAUUUUCUUUAGCCUCAUAAAUCGCCAGCGAAGGAAAAAACAUUGGUUGAAACGCAGUCUGAUGAAUUUGAUGAUGGUCCAGAUAUGAAAACUGCGCCAAUACGAAAAGAAAAACCAUCGGCAGAAUGUAAAACGGCGAGAUUAGACGGUAGGGCUAAGAACAAUCCUAAGCAACUUGUUACGCCUAAGGAGUCAAUGAUCCAUAACUUCUCGAUUUUCAGUUAUCGAGGACAUUUAUGAUAAAUAUCCGAAAAUCGAAGAAGUUCUACUUCUACCAUCUGAAAAUCCAUAUGGUCCAAACGAAAUGCCAACUUGGAUGGAUUAUUUGGAGCCGACGGAUGAAGAUAUGACAAAUAGUGAGCCGGCUUGUUCAGUGGGAGCUGAACAAAUCGAAAUGUAUCACUCGAAAAAGUUCAAACUCAAAUAUCCGCCGGAGAAAAAGUGAGAUAAUUUUGACCUUCAUACUUCAAGAACUCUUUAAAAUCAAAAUGUUUCAUUCAGAAUCACCCUCGAUCAAUGGCAAACGACUCAAAUGUUGAUGCAAAAUGAUAAUCUGUUUUUCACGCCUCCACUCAUCUUCAGUAAUACGAUUCGAAGUUUGAUCAAUGUUGCAUGUAAGAAUGAGUUUCUCUAGUUAGCCUAACUAAUCAUAGUUUUUUAAAGCUUCAAAACAUAACAAAAGUAAAAGGGAUGACGACGAGGAGAAUUCCACGCAACCAUCAGCGGAAGCAAUUUUGAGAGUCGUGGAUCAUGAUCGACUUCAGUGUUAUACAUAUUUGGUGAGUUUGUUCAAAGAGGAGUGGGAAGAAAAAGGAACAUUGCAUCUUUCUUAAUUUUUGGAUUCUUAAAAGUGGGGUCUGACAUAAAAAUCGAUUUCUUUGAUAAAAUUUGAAUUCAACAAUUCGUUUCCUUGUUUAAAAAAGCCAUCGACAAAUUUAAAUAAAAAUUUGAAUUGACAGAGAAAAACAGCUCCAAAUUACUGUACAUCUGGACUUUCAAGCCAUUUUACACGGAGUUUCACUCUGUUUUUGAACUUUGAAAUUUUUUAACUAAUUUUUGAGAAGCUUUUAGAAAAAUCCUUCGAUGAUUGUACUAAUUAGAACAUGCUCUUUUAAUUCAGCAUUACUUAUUUUCAGACUCCACGUCUUAUUUCUAUUUUCCUUUUUAUUUAAUUUUAGUCUAAUUGUUUUCUUUUCCAGCGUUCGGAUCCGAUUCCAACAGCUGGAAAGAAAGUUCUAAUGAAACCUGAAGAUGUGCCGGAUAAAUCGACUUUUGUGAGGCCUUGA